AUGAAGCAGCAGCACGUUCUUCUGACAGGCGCGAACGGCUUUAUCGCAUCCCACAUUUUGUCUAUAUUGCUGGAGCGUGGAUAUGCCGUCACCGCAACCGUCCGGUCACAGGAGAAAGCAGCCGCCAUUAUCAGAACACACCCAUCGUGGGAGGGCAGAAUCACAUUUGCAAUAGUUCCUGACUUUACGGGGAGGAAGCCAUUUAAUGAACUCUUCAGGAAUGCAGAAGUACCUUUCGUCUUCGUGAUUCACGCAGCGUCGUCGGUCACGCUUCAGGCAGAUGACAUGCAGAAGAGCGUAAUUGAGCCUGCUGUACUGGGAGUCACCGAGCUCCUCGAGAGUGCUCACCGAUAUGGUGGAAUAGACUUGAAGCGGUUCGUCUUUCUGAGUAGUGUCGUCACAGUCUUGAAUUCAUUUCAGGAUAUCGCGCGACCGGGGCGUCCAUAUACAGAAGACGACUGGAACCAUGUCACUGCACAGCAGGCAUUGGAGCGUCGUGAUGCAGCAUUAGGAUAUACAGUCUCUAAGAUCCAGAGCGAAAGGGCAGCAUGGGAGUUUAUGAAAACGAACUCCCCUGCUUUCGACCUCACCACUAUGAACCCACAUUUCACCACAGGGCCGAUGAUCCAUCCGAUCUCGGGUACAAGCUCCAUCAAUGCAACGAACUAUCUUGUGAUUGCGAGCCUUAUUGAUGGUGUCCACAAAGACGGCCUUUCAAAUGUGCGCUUUCCGCAUUAUAACUUUGUUGAUGUCCGUGACGUCGCUAGAAGCCAUGUAGAUGCCCUGACAAACCCUGCGGCAGCUGGUCGACGAGUUCUUCUUGUUUCUGAACUCACGACUCCCCAACUAGUACUCAAUAUUAUUCGGAAACAUUUCCCGGCCCUCAGAGAAAGGGUCCCGGAAGGCAAUCCUGCGCAAACUCUGCCAGAUGGGGUCCGUCCAACCGACUGGGACACGCGCAUUAGCCAGGAUAUCUUGGCCAAGGGAGCUGUCGACGGGCAAUGGAGUUAUAUCAGUCUUGAGAAAAGUGUUCUUGAUACGGUGCAGUCAUUGGCACGUACAGUCCUGGUAUUAAAAAUGACCACUCAUAAAAUCCCCUCAUGGCAGCCUGUUAGUCUUCGGUGUGAUUUACCCACCAUGUUGCUUGACCUGUACCUGUGUCUUGUUCUGAUAUUUAUCCUGGGUCUGUUGGGGGUGCACUACGUGGCGGGAUAUGCUAAGCGCUGGCAUCUCCAUGAUAUCCCAGGACCCACUAUCGCUGGCUUCAGCAGGAUCUGGCUGAUUCUGCAGGUUCGCCAGGGGCAUCGCUCCCUCGUCGUUCACGAUCUUCACACACGCUACGGCAAGAUAGUCCGCCUGGCUCCGAACCAUAUCUCCGUCGCAGACGAGUCAGCCAUUCAAGCCAUAUAUGGGCAUGGCAAUGGAUUCCUCAAAAGUGGCUUUUAUAAUGCAUUCCUGAAUGUCGAUUGGAGCGUAUUCACUACGCGUAGUCGUGCCGAGCACACUCGCAAGCGCAAGAUCGUCUCCCACGCGUUCAGUGCGAGAUCGCUAGCCCAAGUCGAGCAAUACGCGCAUAACAAUAUGGAGCUUCUGGUCAGACAAUGGCGCAAGAUGAUUGAUUCACAAGCAGGUUCAGACGCUCGACAUGCAGUGAUUGAUGCCCGGCCAUGGUGCAAUUAUUUAACCUUUGAUAUCAUCGGUGACUUGGCAUUCGGUGCACCGUUUGGAAUGCUAGAGAGGGGGGAUGAUACCGUGUCUAUGCGGAGAGGGCCAAAUAAUCUAGAGGUCACCCUCAACGCCGUGGAAGUCCUAAAUCAUCGCAGUGAUGUCUCUGCCACACUUGGGAUUUGCCCGGAUCUUAUUCCCUACGCCAAGUGGUUGCCUGAUCCCUUCUUCCGUCAAGUUGACAGGCGUCUUGAUAUGGAAGUGUCCAUGGCAGAGAAACGUGGGGAUCUUCUUGCUCAUUUGAUAGAUGCUGAAGACCAGGCUGGUGCAAAAUUGGGUCAUCGCGAGCUCACCGGCGAGGCGGUGACCCUGAUCGCAGCUGGGUCCGAUACCAGUUCUAGCACGUUAUGCGCCCUCUUGUACUGGGUCUCAAGCACACCACGUGUUCUGUGGAAGCUACAGCUUGCUUUGGAUGCAGCCAUCCCUGCUGAAGUUGAUGUCCCAUAUCUGGCAAUGGUGAAGAAAAUCACUUAUCUUCAAUGGGUUAUCUGGGAGACGCUCCGCAUCCAUAGCACCUUUGGCCAAGGUCUUCCACGCCAGGUUCCUCCUGACAAAGGGCCCGUCGAGAUAUGCGGACACACUUUCUAUCCGGGUGACGUUCUCUCCGUCCCUGGAUAUACUAUGCAUCAUGCAGUGGACAUUUGGGGUGCCGAUGUGGAGGAUUUCGUUCCAGAGCGUUGGGACCCAUGCCGCCUCACCCAAAGGCAGAAGGAGUCAUUCAUUCCUUUUAGUCAUGGUCCUCGCGCCUGCAUUGGCCGCAACCUGGCUGAGAUGGAGCUGUUUGUGGCAUGCGCGACCUUAUUCCGGUUGUUUGAUAUCCGCGUGGAGCGACAAGGGCCCUUGGAAGUUUGGGAGGGAUGGCUCCGUAAGCCUGUCAGCUUGCAGGUUGGUAUAAGGCAUAGGUAUCCUGAUGCCCGGUCAUUUUAA